AGGAAUUUGAAGUUUGUAUUAUGGGAAAAAGAACCAAAAGUAAAUUCCCUAUUACUGAGAAAUAAGAGAGCUAGAAAAUACCGCAACAUCUCAUCUACAAAAAAAAAACAAUCAAGUUGUGGUUGUCAAAAUGCUGCCCAAAUCUUUCAUCAUCGUCAAACGUACGUCAACAACAUUUUGGCACACAGAUUUUUCAUGAAAAAUUCCAGUGAAAAAAUGGCAUCCUACUUGCAAAACACAGAAGAAAUUACUGGCGCUAAUACUGUGAACAGACAACUCCUAGAGAACCAAACAUUCCUCCACCAUGAAAACGAAAAUCUUCAACACGAUGUUACCAGACUUUCCCGACAACUCGAAAACCUCAGAAAGGCCUCAGUGAGCCCUGAUCUGUUUGAAACCCUUAAAAAAGAGAAAGACCACCUUCUGGCGCUGAACGACACGUUGAGGAAGAAAAUAAAGCACAUGAAAAAUCCAUCGACCCAUUUGGACAAAAAAGAUUCACAGAAAGAAACCCAGGAAAAGCUAGAACUGAUCAGAACGGUACAAGAGCUAGACAGGCUCUUAGAAAAAAUAAAAAAAUCAGAAAAAUUCGAAGUCAAACCCUGCGAAAACGAAACUGCCAAAGUCGUGGAAGCUCUAACAAAAAAAAUCGAUGAGGAGCAAAGGAAAAACGAGGAGGCAACUGAAGCUUUAAGAAAAUUGCGCGAAGAUGACGAAAAAUACAUACUCAGAGAAAAACUGACAGACAUGAAGCAGCUGAUAACCGAUUUGGAAGUGGAAAACACGAAAUUACGCUUUGAAAGCGAACAACUAGCCGAAGAUGUGGAAAACUACAAGAAGCAACUCAGUGAAGCUACAGAUGAAGCCAAAUCGGCAACAAAAAAAUACUACGAACUUGAAGACGAGAAAGAUAGACUCAAGAGCAUCAUUUCAGAUCUAGAAAACGAGAAAAUCAAGCUGAAGAAGGAAAUGAUAGAAGAAAUGAAUGAGGCCAAUAGAGCUAAAAGAGUUUCUGUUGAUACAGAAAUAGCUCUGCAUCAUAUUUCUGAGGCUUAUGAGAAUAAAAGAAAAGAAAACCAAGCCCUUCACGCACAACUCGAUGAUGCCGAGAAAAUCAUAAGGGGAUUCAAAAAUCAGUUUGACCCUAUUUACUGA